UAUUACCACAAACGUAACUUUCACAUUUGUGUUUCAGGAAAACCAGAUGCCUCUACUGAGACUCUUCUGGAUCAGGAAUGUGUAAACCCCAUGAGUUUCUCAAGCCAGCUAGAAGACUCUGGAUGUGAUGUCUCUAAUGACUAUGCAUUCGAUUCUUUAGGCAUAGCUUCUGAUUUUCACCUAUCUGAGCGUAAUGCCAACACUUCUAAAUGUUGGUUGGAAAGAGCUCCUCCAUUGAAUCUUUGCUGUUCUAGCAAGGAGGAACCUCUGACAGCUCCAGUGCAGUUUUUGCAAAAUCUGCUUGAAAUAAGAAAACUGUCAGAAGGAGGAAUUCUUCAAGCAGACUUCACAGAGCUUGAGAAUGAUUCUUUCACUGUGUGCAAUUCAGUGUCUCAGUUGCUCGAUGGACUGACUGUUUUUUACAAGAGUCCUAAAUUUCCAGUUUCGAAUUUUCUUACUGAAGCGGUUUGUGUUUUGAUCAGUUUAAUAACUGAUACUAGAUUAUCUAAUCAUGUUUUGAAGAAGUGUUUCAAGAAGCUGGAAGAGUUUAAGAAAAAUCUUAUUCAGAUUAUUUUAAGAAACAGCAGCGUGAAUAGGGUAAGUUUAAAACAUCUUUCAUCUUUCCCGCACUAUUUCAGUAUACUGUAA